UCCUUCACCAUCCGACGGCCCACUCCAGUCUCGCGGGGGGACUCCGGCACAGACUCCGCUCCCGAGGCCACCUUCAAGGUCCCCGCCCUCCCAAAACACCUCGCGGCGUCCAGCAACGGCGGCAGCCCCCUCGGUUCGCCCGCGCCCUCUCCACGGCCGCGCAUACGCAGCUACAAUUCUCAUGAGAAAGACAGCUCAGACGAGGAAGACGAGGAGGCCGAGGAGCUCGUGACAGGGUUCGACCAGUUCGGCACCCGAGGGCCCACUCGUCAUCCCCGCGCUGCAGAACAAGGACUGGCGCGAGCUCGCGCGAAAGCGCAAGGCGCUGUACGUCCCCCCGCAGGCCGCCGCGACGGGCGCGGACGGGAGCGUCGGCGGGCUCGGCACGCGCGACGCGAUCAACUCUGGGCCGCAGCUCUCGGGGCUGCAGGUCGCCAAGCGGGCGAACUCGAGGAGGACGAGGGGCCCGUGCGUAAUACCCCGCCCGCGGACGAAGACGAGGGCGCGGACACCGGUAUGAAGAAGGAAGAGGAGACGGAGGACGCGCGCGCGCUGCGUGCCAUUCUCGCGUCGUCGGCGGGCGAGGACCCGGACGCAGCGCAUAUCGACGCCAUUCCGCUCGCUGCUCCAACUCCGAGCGAGGACGACGUCUACAAGCAGGAUGUCGUCGAGCUUCCCGAGUCCGCUUCCUUAGAAGACUACGAGCGCGUGCCCGUCUCGCAGUUUGGCGCUGCGCUGCUGCGCGGUAUGGGCUGGAAGGAGGGCAUGGCCGCAAGCAAGAAGAACAAAGGCCCCGUCGAUCCAUACCUCCCGCAAGCUAGGCCGGCGCUGCUUGGUAUCGGCGCGAAGGAGAAGGAGGUGUUCGACGAUGGCAGCAAGGGCAAGAAGGGCAAGGGCAAGCCCGAGAGGCGGUAUGUGCCGGUUAUCAAGAAGGAACGGGCCAGGGAAGGGAGCGAAGGCGGAGAUAGGGAGCGGAGGAGGUCGCCUUCGCCUGAACUGCGGAGAGACCGUGACAGAGACGCGGUUCGGAGAGACAGGGACUACGACAAGGGCAGGGACGGGAAUCGUGACAGGGAUAGGGACUACGGGAGGGAGAGGGAGAGGGACCGCCCACGAGACGGCAAGGACUACGGCUACGACAAGGAGAAGGACAGACGGAGGGACCGUCGAGACGACGACUACGAGUCCUCGCGAAGAGACCGCGACCGCAGGGAUCGCGACCGUAGGUAUUGAAGGGUCUGUGUGGAUUAUCGCCGCGCGCAGUGAGCAUCGUUUGUAUGUUGUGUAUGCUGUCACAGUAGUGCUCUCUAGCAGUACUCUAGUCUUCUAGCUGGCGUAAGUAGAUUGUUACACUAAGCCUCCAUAGAAUCUGGCAUAGGAUAGGAAUCGCCGUACGUCAGUGUGGAUGUGCAUAAUAGUACAUACAUGCGCAUGGCUCCAGACUUACUGGAAUGUUGUUGAAAUGGUCCGUGCUUAGUCUGCAGCGAGACGACACCAGCAUGUUUUAAAACAU